UCAAACUUCAGUUAUCGGCUGUUACCACUGUUCUCUCUCUCUCUCUCUCUCUCUGCAAUACAUAUUACAUAUAGAUAUAACCUAUAGUUACAUAUAUCACAUAUGCUACAAGUGAAGAGAGAAGGAAAGAAAACAAGAAAAAGGGGAGAGAGGUGCUUGCUUGUACGAAAUGCCGCCGGCGAAUAUUCCGGUUACGGUGGCUGUGCUUCUGGUGGCGGUGGUGGUGGUUGGUGGGGAAGGGAAGAGUGUGACGUUGACGUUGGAGAGGGCGAGUCACGAAGGAUUGGAGCUGAAUCAACUCAGAGAACGCGACAGGAUUAGACACGGCAGAUUCUUGCAGCAACAGCCUCUUGGCGUCGUUGAUUUCCCUGUCCAAGGCACCUAUGAUCCUUAUCUUGUCGGGCUAUACUUCACAAGAGUGAAACUGGGGACUCCUCCCAAAGAAUUCUAUGUACAGAUAGAUACAGGAAGUGAUGUCCUGUGGAUUAGUUGCAAUCCCUGUGCCGGCUGCCCGAAAUCCAGCGGUCUCCAGAUUCAGCUGGAGUUCUUUGAUCCUUCCAGCUCAUCGACAGCUUCGCUGAUUUCAUGUUCAGACAGGAGGUGUGACCUAGGAGCUCAAUCCUCUGAUUCUGUCUGUUCGGUUCAGAAUCAGUGUGGGUAUACAUUCCAGUACGGUGAUGGCAGUGGGACGUCGGGAUAUUACCUGUCUGACACGAUUUCUCUCGACACUGUUGUCGGGAAUUCGUUGAUAUCGAAUCCCUCCGCGCCCAUUGUUUUCGGUUGUAGCACAUCGCAGACUGGAGACCUCACCAAGCCAGACAGGGCAGUUGAUGGCAUAUUUGGUUUCGGACAGCAGAGCCUGUCCGUAAUUUCACAGCUUUCUUCACAGGGAAUCGUCCCGAAAGCAUUUUCUCAUUGCUUGAAAGGAGAAAACGGUGGUGGCGGUAUACUCGUUCUUGGCCAGAUUGUCGAGCCAAAUUUAGUUUACACUUCACUUGUUCCAUCACAGUCGCAUUACAAUGUAAAUCUACAAAGCAUUGCUGUAAACGGGCAGAUGUUACCUAUUGAUUCGUCUGUUUUUGCAACAUCAGACAACAGUGGAACAAUAUUUGAUUCAGGAACAACGUUGGCGUACCUUGCAGAAGCAGCUUACGAUCCUUUCAUUAAUGCAAUUCAACAAACUGUUUCUCAAUCGGCACGCCCUCUUCUUUCCAAGGGAAACCAGUGCUAUUUAACUACCACCAGCGUCUCGGAAAUUUUCCCUCCAGUUAGUUUGAACUUCGCCGGGGGUGCAUCAAUGAUACUGCAACCCCAGGACUACCUUUUGCAGCAGAACUCCAUUGGUGGUGCUGCAGUUUGGUGCAUCGGCAUUCAGAAAAUUCAGGGUCAAGGAUUCACAAUUUUAGGAGACCUUGUUCUGAAAGAUAAGAUCGUUGUAUAUGAUUUGGCUGGUCAAAGGAUCGGAUGGGCUAAUUAUGAUUGUUCGUUGUCCGUCAAUGUCUCUUUAAAUAAUACUGGUAAAACAGAAUUUGUGAACGCCGGACAACUUGAUAACAACAACUCGGACCGUUACGAGCCAUACAAGCUAAUGUCAAGUACUAUUAUAACUUUUUUGUUGCAUAUAGCAUUCUUUGGUGUUUUUCCAUUUUUGUAGUAACUAGUGAUGGAUAAUUUUCUCUAUCAUUUUCCUGUCGGCUAAUAGUAUAGAUACCGACAGGUUAUACUAAUCGCAUCUUUCAUAUGUUGUUUUUAGUUGUUGCAUUUACUUUUUGGUCUUAGUUAAGACCACUUUGGUUGUUAGCGUAGAAUUACUCUCCUCCCAUUGUACAAAAAGCUGAUAUAGGAAUAAUACAUUUCUUUUAUACAUGAAAAUUAUUGCAUUCCGUGAA